AUGCGCUCUACACUCUUUUCCACCCUCCUAUUCCUAUGCCUCCUUGCGCACACACGAGCGGAAAUCACCGUCUAUGGCCUGCUCGGUCAAACAACUGCAAAUCCGGUGCUCAACGAUGGUGCCCAGGCCACCCCGACGACAACAUCCUUCGCCACCGCCACCACACCGGUCGCAUACACCCAGCUCGCGGCGUACAACCCAAUCUACCUCUACCCACCCGCGAUCCCGUCCCCUGCGCCCGCGAACACAUUCGCCAUUGGAGUCCCCACAGACGCCGCGCUCAUGAGCGCGCUCUCCAUCAAGCAGUCGGGCACCUUCUUCGGCUUCUCCAUUGAGAUGUCGGUGGCUAAUCAGCUCAGUGACUCGCACAUCAACCCGCCAUUCCUCAACUUCAUGAGCAUCAUCGCUCAAAAGGCGGGGAAGGUGCACGUCCGCGUCGGCGGGAACACGCAGGACUUUGCGUAUGUCGUCGAUUCGCUUGCCGACGGCAAGGUCAUCGAGAAGGACAAGGAGGAUGCAUCUAACCCAACGAGCACGCCCGUCCUUGCACUCACUCCGGACCUCUUGUACAUGUUGGCGAACGUCUCCUCGCUAGUGAACGUCGAUUGGUUCCUCGGUAUUCCGUUUAACGACACCGUGAACUGGAGAUUCGAGAUCGCAGAGUACGGCGAAGCCAUUCUGGGCGACCAUCUCCUUGGUUUCCAGGUUUCUAACGAACCCGAUCUUUAUGCCGCGCACGGGCAUCGUGCGAGCACGUACGGUCCUUUCGACUUCUUCGGCGAGUUCGCCGACUUCACCACAGCGUACGCCGCGGACUCCAAAGUGAGCAACAAGAACAACCUCAUCGCACCGAAUCUGGCGUCCGGAAAUUGGUGGCCCGAGGACAUAUGGAACACCGGCUUCAUGGAAGCCUACGGGUCGUCGCUCCAAUAUCUCGCGAUGGAGCACUACCCCACGGACAAUUGCGCGGUCAUCUUCCCGUCGGCCAACAACCCGCCCAAGGACCCGACCGCGAUGCUGCCGGCGUACCUGACGCACCAAGCCGGGUUGAACUUUGUGCAGCCGUACCUGAACUCGACUGCGCUUGCGCAGCAGUGGGGGAAGCCGUUCCUCCUCUUCGAGACGAACACAGCCUCGUGCGGUGGCUUCCCAGGCAUCUCCGACACCUUCACUUCCGCGCUCUGGGGCAUCGACCACGCGCUGCAGCUCGCGCACUCGAACUUCUCCGGCGCGCUCUUCCACUUCGGCGGCCAGAACGUGUCCUACAACCCGUUCACCGCCGUGCCCACGAACGAGUCCGCCGUGCACCAGUGGACCGUCGGCCCGCUCUUCUACUCCGCCGUCUUCGUCGCGGAGCUCAUGGGCACAUCCGGGACGACGCAGCUCAAGGACAUGCUCCCGAACAACGCGGACAUCCACACCCCCGCGUACGCGGUGUUCGAGAACGGCCAGUUCAGCAAGAUGGCGCUCCUCAACUACAUGACGGACCCGUCCGGCGCGAACGACUACACCGCGACGAUCUACGUCGGCGGCUCCGGCUGGAGCGAGGCCAACGGCGUGCCGGCGAGCGUCAAGGUCAAGUACCUCCGCGCGCCGUCGACAUCGGAGAAGCACAACGUCACCUGGGCCGGGCGGACGCUAGGCGGCCAGUUCAGCUCCGACGGGCGCUGGCAGGGCGAGGAAACCGUGCAGACGGUGCAGUGCGACCAGACGCAGAACAUGUGCCAGGUGAAGGUGCCCGCGCCGGGCGCCGCGCUCGUGUUUUUCUCGGACGCGGCGCAGGCCGCCGCGGGCGACGACGCGUCCGGCGUGCAGACGUUCGCGACGACGGCGGUGACGAAGACAAAGAACACGGUGACGGUCGACCCGAGCGUGCUCGCGACGAGCAACGGCGAGUCGGGCAAGCAGCGCGCGCAGUCCAACUUGGGCGGCACCAGCCUUAAGGUCUCAGCCGCUGCGAGCGGGCCCCUCGUUUCUGGGUUCGCCGCGCUCGCCGCGGUGGUAGCGGGCGCGGGGGUGGCGUUCAGGGCGUCGUGGUGA